AUGUCAACUAGAAUUAGGAUGGUGCUUUUUGUGAAUCUGUUAUCUCUUCUGUUUUCAACAGCUAUAGUUCAUUCCAAUCAAAAUACAGUGCCUCUCAGAUCAUUCAAGAUAAGUGAAAAUGUAACAUAUGAUUGCAUAGAUAUUUACAAGCAACCAGGGCUCGAGCAUCCUUUGCUAAAAACCCACAAAAUUCAGAUGAAAUCAUCAAUUUCAAGACAUGAGUUAAAGCUACAAACGGGCAAAAAUGAAACAUCUACCAAAAGGAAAAUAGUAUGUCCAAAUGGAACUGUUCCUAUAUUGAGAAAUACAAAAGAAUAUGUCACAAAUUCGCAAGUGUUUGCUGAAAAACAUUUUCAUCCGUUAUCAGCCGAUAGCCCUGGAACGCAUAUUGCUGGAGUAAGAUCAUCCAUUGGUCCAUUUCGGGGUGUACAAGCUUGGUUUAGUGCAAAUGCGCUAAACGUGGGAAAGGAUCAAGUUUCGUAUAGUCAAAUAUAUAUAGGCAGCGGAUCGGAAAACCAAGUCAAUUAUAUCUCAGCGGGUUGGACUAUAAAUCCAAGUCUAUAUGGCGACCAACGUGUUUGGGCAUUUGGAUUUUGGAAGGGUAAGGAUGGGAAAGGAUGUUACAAUACCGCAUGUUCAGGGUUUGUUCAAGUAUCAAAGGUGAUUCCAAUUGUCGGGCCCAUUGAUCUUAAGCCAGGGGUCCCUGGCUGGUUUCGAUAUUUCAUUCAUCAGGAUAUAAAUACAGGAAACUGGUGGAUUACACAACUUAUGCAAAAUUCACCUGAUAUAGAUAUUGGUUACUGGCCAAAAGAAUUAUUUAACCUUUUAGAAAAUGGUGCAAAUAUGGUUGGAGUUGGUGGUGUGGUUCAGGCUUCACGUUCUGGUUCAAGCCCUCCCAUGGGUAAUGGUAAUUUUCCAAAUGGAGGCCGCCUAGAUUCAGGACUUUUUUCAAAUAUUGAAGUCUUGAAUUCUAACUAUGAGCAGCGUAAAAUGAAUUCUUUUCAUGUAGAGAAUUUGUUAGAUAGUGAGAAAUGUUAUGGGUUAAGAAUUGGUAAGGUAAAACCAUUCCAUCGUAAUUAUCUAGGUUUCUUUUUCAAUUAUGGUGGUCCGGGAGGGAAUUCAUGUGGAGUAUGACAUUUGCUAACAUAUAUACUCUUUAAAUUGGCAUUUAAUAAAAUUAUUAUAAAUUAGUAAAAUGCAAACUAUUUUAUAGUGUACUAUUCAUGUUUUGCUUUGUUCUCAAGAUUGAUGUCUCUCCCACUCCAUAUUUUACUCCAAAAUUGAAAAAAUGGAGUGGGAAAUGGAGUGAUGAACAAAAAAAUAAAAGCAUUACUCUAUAAAUGGAGUAAUCCUUUUAUUUUUUGUUCAUUACUCUAUUUCCCACUCAAUUUUCUCAAUUUUGGAGUAAAAUAUGGAGUGGAGUUGGAGAUGCCCUAAGUGCAGUUAACGUUCUAUUUGAAUGUUAGAAACCAUUGUAAAAAAUAGCUAAAUUAGUGUAGAAUCCGAACAAUUAUAACACAAACAGAAGCGUGGUUAAAAUAAAAUGCCUCAACAUUUUAAAUAAUAAUAAUAAUAAUAUACUAUUGUUACAUAGCAAUUUAAAAAAAAAACAUCAACAAACUAAACAUGCACUCUAAAGUUCUAAAUAUAAUUUUGGCUUUUCUG